AAUCUGUCUUACUUUAUCAAUCAGAUAACGGUUCCAUUAUCGAUUUCUCACCAACUCUAAAACUCCAUAAUUAAACAUUCACACACUUUUUAGAAAAAUAUUACCAUGACAACAAAUUAAUUUCGAGCCCAAUCAUUAUUGUGGCAAUAAGUUUGGUUUCUAGUAAAUAAGCCCAUACCACAUGCCAAAGGAGACAGACUGGACCUAAUAAGUUCAGAAAACACCGAAACAAAUCCCAAAGACACUCACUAGUCACUACACAAUAUACACAUUUUAUAAACUAGUGAUUCAACACUACAAUAUUUUCAUUGUGGUCACACUCUAUCUUUUUGUAAUAAAAAAAAAUAAAAUCCAAGAAUCAAACACUUGCCUCCUGCUACUGCUUACUACUACUAUUACUUACUGUUGUCACUCAAUCAUACACAUACCCCAAAUCCACAUCUCAUCUAUAUACCACCACCUCUCUUUAACACAUGUUUACACCAUCAUCAAUAGCCAUGAAAGAUCCACAUUUCUCUCCAAAGUUAGCUCUUCUCUUCACAGGGUUUUUUUACUUACUACCAGCUUUGGUGACUUCAGUAGGAAUAAACUACGGCCAGAUCGCCAACAACCUACCAACACCAGAACACGUGGUACCAUUAGUCAAAUCAAUCGGCGCAACAAGAGUCAAACUCUACGAUGCAGAUCCUAAAGUACUAAAAGCAUUCGCUAACACAGGUGUGGAGUUCAUAGUCGGCCUUGGUAACGAAUACUUAUCGAAAAUGACAGAUCCAUCAAACGCUCAAAUUUGGGUCAAACAAAACGUUCAGUGUUACUUACCCGCUACUAAAAUAGUCUCAAUCGCAGUCGGAAACGAAGUGUUGACGUUUAACGACACUUCGCUCUCCGGCUGCUUGCUUCCAGCUAUGCAAGCUGUACAUACAGCUUUAGUUAAUUUAAAAUUAGAUAGUCAAGUUACUGUCACAACAGCUCAUUCUGUAGCCAUAUUACAAAAUUCAUAUCCACCGUCUUCAGGUUCAUUUAGACCCGAUUUAAAAACAUGUAUUUCGCCUAUCCUAGAUUUUUUGUCGAAAACAUGUUCGCCUUUUUUAAUAAACGCGUAUCCGUUUUUCGCGUAUAAGGCGAACCCGAAACAAGUGUCGUUAGAUUUUGUACUUUUUCAACCCAACGAUGGAGUGGUUGACCCUGUGACAAAUUUACACUAUGAUAAUAUGUUAUUUGCACAAAUAGAUGCGGUUUAUGCGGCUUUAGCUUCAUUAGGGUAUAAAAAAUUACCGGUUCAAAUAUCGGAAACCGGAUGGCCGUCGAAAGGUGAUCAAGACGAGCUCGGUGCGUCACCUGAGAAUGCGAAAAAAUAUAAUGGGAAUUUGUUGAAAAUUAUUGGUCAGAAAAAGGGUACACCGGCUAGGCCGAAUAAUGAUUUGAAUAUAUUUGUGUUUGCUAUGUUUAAUGAGAAUUUGAAGCCCGGCCCUACUUCGGAGAGGAAUUAUGGGCUGUUUAAGCCGGAUGGGACUCCGGCUUAUGGGUUGGGCUUUUCUGGGAUUGCUGUUUCGAGUGGAAACAGCACAAGCAGUAGCGGUGGUGGCGGCGGCAGUAGCGGUAACGGGUCAGGACAGAAUGGUCCGUCGAUAUAUUUGUCACCGCCGGCGAACUCGUCAAGUGGGUACCUAGCGAUUUCAUCUUCUAAGGAAAGACUUGUUUGGAGCAGCUGGUCAAUAUUAGGCAUGGGAUUAAUCACAAUGGCAGCUAUGGCAUUCCAUAUAUGAUGUGAUGUUUUAGAGUAUGAGAGGAAGAGACAACAUUAACAUGUUUUAUAUCUUUUGUCACAAGAAGAAAAUGUGGUGAUGUUCUUCCUUCCUUCAUGUAGUUUGGAAAUUCUUUAAUUUAAUCCUUGUGUCAUAUAUGCCAUGCAUCAUUUUCAA